AUGGCGAUGGCGAGCCUCUGGCGAGGUCUGACCUCUGCUGCAUCAUCAUCGUCGACGGAAGAUACCGGCGGCGUGGAGUUCUGGCACGGUCCCGAGAGGGUGGGGUGGCUGAACAAGCAGGGGGAAUACAUCAAGACGUGGCGGCGCCGCUGGUUCGUGCUGAAGCAGGGAAAGCUCUUCUGGUUCAAGGAGAGCGUGGUCACGCGCGCCUCCCGUCCCCGGGGAAUCAUCCCCGUGGGAUCCUGCCUCACCGUCAAGGGGGCCGAGGAUGUGCUCGGCCGCGAUUUCGCCUUCGAGUUGUCCACGAGCAACGAAACCAUGUACUUCAUCGCCGACUCUGAGAAGGAGAAGGAGGAGUGGAUCAACUCAAUUGGCCGUUCCAUUGUGCAGCAGUCUCGCUCUGUCGUCUCCCAAGAUGCUGAAGUUGUCGAUUAUGACGACAAAGCCGGCAGUCGCACCUAUGCCGACAAGGACCGAAAAAUAUCCUCAACCUGA